AUGACUGCGGAUGCACGUGAUAUGACUGAGGAUGUUGUUGACAUGACUGAGGAUGUCCCUGAUCUGGCUGAGGAGGCACCUAAGAUGCGUGCGAACGUACAGAGUGCUGAUGGUGUUGAGGGGUCAGAUGCUGAUGAUGCUGAGGGAUUCCCUGGUGGGCCACGUGACCCGUCAGUGCUGACAUCAUUUGCGGACCAUGUUGCACACGCUGUUUGGAGUGGACAUUUGCUUGAGGUGUCUACCGAGGAGGCUAGAGCCGAGACAGCACUAACACGUGGGGCAUACGUACGACUAGGAUGGGUUCGAGACAUUUAUGAGAUGAGAUGUCAGGUCCGGCGGUGGAUUGUAGCAGCUCGUGCUUAUCUGUUGCACCUGGUCGGUUGCUCUCUUUUUGCUAAUAAGAGUGCAACAUACAUUCAUGUGGUACACCUAGACGCUUUUCGUGACCUGGGUCAGAGUGGUGGUUAUGCUUGGGGAGUUGUCGCGCUGGUUCAUAUGUAUGACCAGUUAGAUGAGGCUUCUAGGACCACCACACGACAGAUUACGGGGUACCUGACUCUAUUCCAGUGCUGGAUCUAUGAGCACUUCCCUAGUGUGCACCAGUGCGUGACAGAUGAUACAUACCAGGAGAUGUCCCCACGUGUUUCUCGGUGGUUGACGUCGAAGGCGCACAUGAAGGGAAUCACCGGAGCACCUUACAGGGCACGUUGUGAUGCUUUGACCAUCACAGAUGUGUCCUGGUUGCCGUACACUGAGCAUCGGGGGGUUAGGGCCUUUGAGCUGAUUUCAUCAUUCCAGGGUCAGCUGAGAUGGGGUCCUAUGGUGGUCACAGCUCGACCGGAGAGGGUGGUACGACAGUUUGGUUACAUUCAGAGCAUCCCUCCGCCGCCUGUAUAUGCGGAUUACAUGGAGUGGUUUUUCCGCAUAUCUCACCCAUUCAUGAUACCGACCCAGGCAGGUGACCAGCUUAGAGAUGUACCAGCCGCAGACCCUGAGGACUACAUACAGCCGCCCAGCCCCCAGGUUCCAGUGGCAUUUGACCCACCUCGACAUGCAAUGGCACUGAGUUAUAUGAGAUUAUGCAAGACUGCCAGAGGGGGAGCCAGUGCUGAUGGAAGUGUCAGGGCUCGUCAAAGAUGCCACACAGAGCAUUGA